CCUGUUUAGACACGUCCCACAAGGGGCGGGUAUGAAACAACACACACACUCACACACUUGGACACAGAAGGAUGAGUUGCUGUGUGCACACACUCUCCAAAGGUCACUCUGGAUUUCUCAGGUCUAAGGAUGGACGGCGUCCUGGAGUCGACGAUCGCUCUGUGUGGAUGCAAAGUGUUGUGCAGCUUUCUCUGUCUUCCUGCUUUCAAAGACUCCAUCUCCUCGGUCAGCCUGUGCUGCGUUAGCCUCUUACUCUUCACCGAUCUCUCCAUCACUAUGUUCCUGGUGUACCUCUGGUCCGCCGCGCCCAGGCCGAUGUCUUUUGACCCGUCUUCCGACGUCAUCGCUCUGCGCUUCAUGCUGUUCCUUAGCGACACGUACGAAGCCGUGUUGAUGCUGACCCCGCUGCUGGUGGCUGUGGAACUGCUGGCUCGUCUCUUAUGGGGCGUCGAGACUGCGAUGCCAAUGGUGGACGAAAAGGAGGCUAAAGAGGACACGUUUUUAAAGGAUGUUGACAGAGAUACCUGGGAUACUGGACGACGACAGAAAGAAGAAAACAACAUGGUGGUGUUAAAAGCUUUAGGUUUCCUGGGUUGCCUCAUGCUGUGGUUCAUGUGUGGGACAUUCGCCGGGUUUAGCUGGAGGCACGAGCAGGUGGUGGUGAGAUCCUGUCUGGAAGAAGGCAGCUUGCUCUCGACGUGCCUCCCCUGCCUCCUCACCACUUCUUCGCCAGUUAGCGGCCAGCUAUUUUGGGCUUUACCUGCCGCUGUUCUCUUGCUAGUGUUCACCGCAGUCGUGAGCUUAAUCGCAGCAAAGCUGACCCCUAGAAUUGUUAAUCCGGAGCUGCUCGCAUGCGUCAAGAACACUCCGCAAACACAUCCGCCCACGCCCGAGAGGACCUCUAUUGCUGCUGUGAGCGUCUCACACAAUUGCCAUGUUGACUCAGAAAAGACAGCCAACAGCUGCGCCAUUCACAGCUCGCAUAAUAAGCGGCAGCAGACUCACGGAAAGCCGGAGCCAUUAUCUUGGAGAACAGAGCUGGCUGAUGGCUGUAAAUUAAACAGCGAGAGCGUCACGCUCGUCUUACCGGCCCCCGGCGCGGCCCCGCACCCUCACAAGAGCCGGCUUUGGCAGAGUGUUCGGGAAAGUCCCUGCUCGAGGGGAGAGAUGAUGACUGGGCUGCUGUGUGGACUGCUGGUCUGUGUCUUUCCUACAGUUCUCAGCACCAACAUCCUGCUCGUCAGCAACCUGGACACUCUUGCUGUGUAUGUUGUGAAACAUCUGCUCACUCCACUGCACGCUAAAUGACAGGUUAAGGCAGAUACGUGUUCGCACAGCACACCUCCUGCUGAACAUUCCUAACAUUCUGAGGUUAUUUGUAAAAUUGAAAGCUCUUGACAGGUUCGAGUGCACACACGAACUGACUUUUUUUUAAUCGUAAGAUCAUCUUCAGUAACUGGUUUAUCCUGGUCAGGGGUGAAGUGGAAAUCCUAUGUACUCUCGCCAGCUUUACUGAUGAAACCAGCACGUGAAGGAAACCGGAGGACACUGAGGAUACCGACAUGGAGAACUGUUACUUCUGGUGGUGGUUCCAUCGGACAGCCUGUCCACUACAGGGCACCACACACACACACACGCUUGCAGAUAGGGGCAAAAUCAUUGUAGCUUCAUUCUCCUCUCAGCAUGUUUCUGGAAGGAAACUGGAGGAAACCCGUAAGGUCAGGAGAACAACAUGCAGAGAAACUCCUCAUGGAUCAGAACCUCAGGAUUAGCUGUGAAAAGGCAACAUGUGCACGCAGGUUUUUGGGCAUUGUAUCGAGAGAUGUUUCAGAUAUCGUCUGAAUGAUUGAAUGAAAAUGAAUGAAUGACUGAAUGUUAAGUCUUUAUUAAAUGCAUAACUGCAUGA